CAAGGACACAAAAGGUCUUACUUCACUCUACAACAUUUCUGCUUUCUUCCAGAACAGAGAUGCCACCAACAGCAGCGAGUCUCUCCAUCAGUAACUGACAUACCCAAACCUUCCACAGCCAGACAGAACAGAUAUAACGCUUUUAGGCUGGCUCCAGAAGAUUCAGACUGUGUUUGACUACCACCCUUUUGGAUAAAUAUUUCAGGAUUCAAGAUGAAUAAGACAAGGGCUGUUAAUGAUGUUUUUCAUUUCCUGAUCAACAAGAACUGGAGCUCAAGCAGAAGCUUUCCUAUGAACAUUUCCAAUCAGUGCAUGAACAUCACCGACCUUACUGUCUUUCUGGCCACCUCUUACAGCUUGGAGACUGUUCUGGGCAUUGUGGGAAACAUCUGUCUGAUUGCUGUCAUUGCCAGGCAGAAGGAAAAGGCAAAUGUCACCAAUAUCCUAAUUUUCAACUUAAUAAUUUCAGACUUGUUUAUGUGUCUUGUCUGCCUGCCUUUCACUGUUGUUUACACCAUGAUGGACUACUGGAUAUUUGGGGAAGUCAUGUGCAAAAUGACCUCUUUCACUCAGUGCACAACUGUGACAGUGUCAAUCCUUUCCCUUGUCCUUAUUGCUCUGGAAAGACACCAGCUCAUCAUAAACCCAACUGGCUGGAGGCCAAAUACCUCCCAAGCCUACGUAGGAAUUGGAGUGAUUUGGACUUUAGCAUGUCUCAUGUCCCUACCCUUUUUGACCACAUCCGUCUUGUCUAAUGAGUUGUAUGAGCAGCUCUCACACUUCAUGAAUUUUUCUACUGAUAAGGCAAUAUGUAUCAACUCUUGGCCUUCUGAGCAGCACAAACUUAUCUACACUACCACUUUACUGCUCCUGCAAUACUGCAUCCCUCUGUUCUUCAUUAUCCUUUGCUACCUGCGUAUCUACUUACGCCUGCAGAAGAGAAAGGACAUGUUUGAGAAGAGUGAGUACAGCAACCGAGCAGUCCAGCUGAGAAGGAUAAACAUCUUGCUAGCAUCCAUGGUUGCUGCUUUUGCUGUUUGCUGGCUACCACUACAUGUUUUCAACACCAUCGUGGACUGGAAUUACAAAAUCAUUUCGCCUUGCCACCACAACCUGAUCUUCUCAUUGUGCCACCUGGUAGCUAUGGCUUCUACCUGUGUCAACCCUGUUAUCUAUGGUUUCCUAAACAGCAAUUUCAAAAAAGAAGUGAAGUCACUGAUUCUGAGCUGCCAGCAUAAUUCAGUAACUGCCUCAAUGGAAGAAUAUGAUCAUUUGCCUUUAUCCACCAUGCAGACUGAAAUUUCCAAGGGGUCACUGAUGUUGAACUGCAGGCACAAUUCUAUCUAACGAGCAGAAAACAUUUCAGAAGGGUGCAUUGACAUCACACAUCAAUUAUUACCUGUGGGUAAUAAUAAAGCAACUGGUGAUGCCACAGCUGGGUUGUGAACAGGAAGCCAUCGCUACCUGAUUUUUGGAAGAACAAGGAAAGUAAUGUCUUAAAUGUUCACAGUUGCUGCUGUGGUGCACAAGCUUUUCAUGUCACUGAGGUGGUACGGACACUGAGAAGACCAGGCUGAUGUAAAGCAGCUGCUCUAAGAUCAGUGACUAAGCUGUGGGUGCACAGAGGCUGACAUGGGUUCAUCAGCAAAACUUUUUUCUCUACCAUGGCUGCAGUAGAAAACCAGAUUUCCAGUUUCAUCACUGCAGGCUGCCAAAAGUUGUGUUGGAGAAGACUCUCAGUUUUCCAGUAUUAGUAAGAUUUUUAUGCACAGCUGACACACCAGUGGAACAGAGUGUGAAUAUCAAGUUUUGUAAAUAUUUGUGAAGAUCAAUUAUGUAAGUAUCAAUUUUUUUACCACCUCUCACAGCCCAUUAAGUAACAGUAAUAUUUCAGAUCUUCACAUAAAACAACUGCCUGUUUAUAUGAAACUUCACUCUCUGCCAUAAGCUUGAGAAAAGUCAUUGCCUUUGCAAGUAGAGACAAGGAACAAUGACCCUGGUAUGUAAAGAGGACAGUCACUUAUGAAGGAUGGCAGCAAAUGAAAAUGUUAUUCAAUGGAUUAAACUCAGAAUGCAUUGAGAUGAUACUGAGAACUGUUUUUAAGCACACGAAAAACAGCUGUAGAUCUACAUGGAAAUGAGUCAGUUCUGGCUGCUGUCAGUCACAAAGCUCAGCAAUGCUACAGCUUCAUGCUAUGAUGGUACAAGAUGGCCAGAUUACAGGAGUUGUUCCAGGACCUGGUAGCAACAUGACGUUCUGCUUCAGCACCUUCUUGGUACUUUAAUUGCAAAGUAUCUAAUUCAGAAGGUCAGACUGAGCAUGAAAACCUGUCUGUGGAAAUAAUGUGUUUCCAGAAUGGCUAUACUUCCAAAGAAAUAAGCAUAUGCAUGGAGACUUUGAGUUUUCUUAAAAAAUAAAACCCCACAUCAGAUACCAGUCCCACUCACUGGCAUCAGCAACACAGGUGAAGCUGAAUUUCAACAAAUCAAUAGAAGGUCAAUGAAAAUACACAGGUGGAAUCCAGGUCAGGCUGAAGCCAAGCCACACAGGUAGUACUGUCAAUUGCUCUAGUAAAAUGAAGGUCAUAUUUUUUUCAAAACUGUGUUAUUUGUAGCCUUUGUUCAUGAGACCUACAAACUAUAAACUUUUUUUAACUUCUGGAGCCAGAGAAAUUGCUCAGUGACUACUGAGAAACCAAGGCAUGCCCAAGAAGGCCAUACUGAGGUACAGAUUUUAAAAAACCCCAAAAAACUGGUAGCAAGUGCAAAAAGGAGACCAACCACUUUAAUGCUAACAAAAUACCGAAGCAUAUCCUGGCCUGAUUUGCUAAACUAACUUUAGCAGCAGACCAGACUAGGUGGUCAGCUGAGAUAAUUUCCAACAUGAAUUGCGCUUUGAUAAGCGGUCAUUACUUGUUGCAGUCAAUAGGUUUGCAUGGAGCUGAAGAUAUCCAGUGUAUAGUUAUGCAAGUAACUAGUAAUUCCUUAGCUGGCAGAUCUCUGAUCAGACAAAUUGGUAUAAAGCUAGGUGAGGAAAAGGACUUCUUCCCGUGCCAUGAACUGACAGGAAUAUGGAUGCUGAGCAGAGUAUCUGAGGACAAGAGCUAAGCCCUAUAAGGCAGCAAGAGCUAUCAUAUUCCCUGGCAGAAAUAAAAGUUAACCCCUUGCCAUGAGCUGGGUGCACAGAUUUCAGCAGUAAAACUUGAUGUUCGGCCUUGAAUUCUUGUGUGCAGAAUCUUAAGGCAGAAGCUUUUUUGAUGCAGCCACCCCUGUAAUUCUGGCCAGAACCUGUAUAUCUUAGUGAGAGGCUUGGUGUAUGAUUACCUUUUGUAUCUUCCUCAACUAUUUGGCAAGACAUUUUUGCUUUUUUUUCAAAUGGAUACCAGCUUUCUUUUAUUUUCUUUGUUACUUGCUACGCUGAGAAGUUGUUUCUCUUGAUUAGUUUGCAUGCAAUGUGAUUUCUAGACUGGACACUGAGUCUACUAAAAACACAGAACAAGAGGACUCUUAUAUUAGCUGCAUCUUGAAAUUUGCUACUGUAGCCAAAACCACCAUGGGACGCUGAGUAGCACAAAACACAGCAGCUCCUCCUAAUCAGUGUGAGUUAUAUCAAAACUGUGCUGUAUUACUUCAGGGUUUAAUUACUGUUUCAACUUUGUCAUUGUUUUGCAGUUAGAGUCAAUUUAAGUAAUUGAGUAAUUCUGCCUGUUUUUUGCACUCGUUAGAAUUCCAGCAUUUAGCUAGCUGUCUGUAAAGCUGUUGUAAGAAUACUCUGCUAAACACAAACACAGAAAAUUAGCUGAUACAUGGUCUUAAGUAUAUAACUUUUCAAGCACCAGUGUCUGAAUGGAAACAAAAUUACCUUUAACAUUUGCACUUCUAUGAACCUGUCUUUGUCACUAGUUCUAGUGAAACUUUUGGUAAAGUGCUUACAGUGUAGCAGAGACCUGCCACUAGAGCUCUGCACUGGCAUUGUGCAUCAGACCCGAGUUCUUCCUGCAGAGGGUAGAAAUAUGAGCGAGAU